AUGGAAGAAGGACGCGUUGUGCCUGCAUGUUCUGAGCAGAUAAAGCCUGUAGUUGGUCAGAGGUUCGAAUCAUUAGAGUUUGCUCACGCGUUUUAUGAUGUGUAUGCUAGGGUCGUUGGGUUUGACACGCGCAAACAAGAUUGUGCUGGUGCUAAUAUCGGGCCAUCUCUAACUUUCAAGUUGCUGACUGAAUUGAUGGGCGAUUAUGAGUCUGUUGGGUGUACUGUGUUGGACAUUCGCAACUAUACACGGGAUAUCAAAAGAUACGCUGAAGGAUGUGACGCCCAAAUGAUAAUAGAUGAGUUGAAGAAGAAGAAGGAAAAUUGUGAUGCCUUCACGUACGAGUAUGAAGUUGAUUCCCUGAGUCGUUUGAUUCAUUUGUUUUGGUGUGAUCCUAUUGCCAAGAUGAAUUUCUUGCAAUUUGGUGACAUCGUUUCGUUUGAUACUACGUACUCAACUAACAGGUACUCAAUGAUUUUCGCUCCGUUUACUGGUAAGGACAACCAUGGCCGUGCAGUGUCCUUUGGAGCUGGUUUGCUUUGUGGUGAGAGCGCGGAUUCGUUCUCUUGGCUUUUUAAGCAGUUUGUGAAAUGCAUGGGCAUACAUCCCAAGUUGAUAAUUACUGAUCAAGACUUGGGCAUGAAAGUAGCUGUUGAAAAAGUUCUUGUGAAUACACGUCACAGAUGGUGUAUGUGGCACAUCAUGGCAAAGGUAGCUGAAAAGGUUCCUAAGUCACUUAUUGGAAAUACUGAUUUUAAAAAGGAUUUGAAUUUAUGCGUUUGGUCUGAGUUGAUUGAACCCACUGAGUUUGAAGACAAGUGGAUGAAUGUGAUGGAGACUUAUGAUCUUGUUGGCUUUGAAUGGUUCCAGCCUACUUUAGGGACUUUCCUAAUAGUUCUUGAUGCCCAAAGAAACUACUCUGCAAAGCUGGAUUAUAUGGAUUAUAAUACAACUGCAAAGAUGAAGACAGAAUGGUCUAUUGAGAAGCAUGCAUCCACAAUAUUUACUGAUGGUGCGUUCAAGGAAAUUCAAGAACAGAUUAUGGAGGCUUAUAACCACUGCAGUCUGGUAUCGAUAUCUAAUGAUUCAAGUCCAGAGGUUUACAAGGUUUUAGAUCAUUUUUCAAGCACAUGGUCGGUCACAUUAUCUGUGGAGGAUUCUGUUUGUGUAUGUGGUUGUAAGAUGUUUUCGAGGACUGCUCUUGCUGUUCAUGGCGUCCAAAACUCAGAUGUAGCAACGCAUGGUUAUGUUGAUGAGAAGAAGAAGGCUCAAGCAAUUUUGUUGGGAGAGAUGUUGGGUCUCGACAACAAAUCCAUAGUGCGUGAAGCUCGACAACAAAUUUUUGCCAACGGGGUUGUAACGUCUACAGCACAGAAGAAGAAAAUAAUGAAGGAAUUUUAUGGGGCUGAGGCACCCCAGGAAGUGGAUGUACAACCACCUGAAGUCGUCAGCACCAAGGGAUGUGGUAGUAGACUCCCUUCAAGAGUUGAGAAGGCUUUGAAGCUUAAGAACAAACCUAUGCGUCAAUGCAAGAAAUGUCAGGAGUGGGGUCACCACGAUUCAAGGAAUUGCGACAAAUUUAAAGAGAAAGAAAAGAUGCGGUCCAGAAGAAAUUCUGAUGUUUGA